AUGCAGACGACGCAACGUCAACCGGGCCCCCCAGGUCGCCUGGUGGAGCCCUCUGACUCGGCCGCUAGGAUGUCGUCAGAGAGCAUUGAGGCAGCGUCAAUGCGCCGGUGGAUGGGAUGGCAUGCGGCAGUCGAGCCAUGCACGGGCAUCCACCACUACCACGGCAUUUGGGCAUUCGGGCACGGCCUGUCCCGUCCAGCAACAGCCGAGGAUGCAGCGACUUAUCCCGAUAGCAGCCUCCCGUCGAGCAGGGGCACCGUCAGACCGUGCGUCCGGCCUGUUGCAUCGUCCGCGCAGCGUUACACAAUGGCAACACAGCCCAGGACAGCGUCCUAG